UAUUAGACUCACCUCUUGACAGCUAAGCACACAAAAGCCAUGGAGACACGAGUGGUCUAACAACGUAAUGGUUCACAUUUCUACAACAUAACCAGCUAGUUUCCGUCUCAAGUGCACAGUUUUGACACCUUAAGAUGUUUUGUUAGAGGCGGGUCUCCCUUUAUAAGGCGUUCCAUUACUGAUUACAAGGCUGAGCUGUCACUCUAGUCAGACCCAGUGUUGUUACCUUGGACAAGAAAGGCAGUGCAAGAAAGGUGCAACUUCAAGAUGCCAGCUCCUGUUCAAGAGACAAGUUUCCCCCAUGGGAAAGAUGAACAGGAUCGGUACAGGUACAGUCCAGAGUACAAGUACGGCAGGGUCCCAAAAACUGGCACUGAGGCAAAGCUACUCAGGACCAGGAGCAAGGAGCCUAGCAGGAAGCUGCACAAAAGGAGCACUACUGCACCAGACCAUGACUCUAUUCUACGGAGCCAAAGUGUACCACUACCAGCUGAUGAUGGGGCAGGAGAGACUCAUGGGAGAUACACAGACCCAGCCUCGUACCUAAUGAAGGACAGUUACCACAUGAGUUAUCAGAUCCCCAGCUUCCCCUAUAGCCUGACAUCGCAGCCCUGGAGCCGCCGCAGGGCCUUCACCUGUCCACCAUCCAUGAAGAAGAACUACUAUCUACAGCACCCGGACCUGAACUGGGGCCAGAGACAGUACCUGUGGAGUACUGCAGCUGUGUACAGCACAUCCCACAUGAAGAGGCUCAUCCAGGGCAGAUACGAACAGUUUCUCAGGCAUCAACAGAAAAUGGGACACAUCAACAAGAAGGAAAUGGAGAAAUACAGGUCGUACCUGUUUGCAACAAGGAAGACCAUGCCUGGUGUGGUCGACCCCAGCAUUUGGAGGUCACGGCCACAGACACAGAUGGCAAGGUCCAAAAGCUCCAACAGCGAUGCAGAGUUGUCCAGAAAGUCAGCUCCAGCCAGGAAUGGCCAUCCAAGGAGAAAUUCAGCACAAAAAGAGAGUCCACCAAAGAGUUCCCCACCGGAUGAGGACCUCUCACAGUCUUUCAACUCCAUCAAGCUGGAGCCAAAACCAAGAGAUCAGAACAAAAAGGAGGAGCCAAAGUCAAAGUCAUCACCCCAGAAAGAGGAGAAAACUCAGAGUGAAGAAGCCGAAGAAAAGGCAAAGGAAAAAGAAGAGGAUGAGGUAGAGGAAGCUGAUGAAGGUUCAGAUGAUGGAAGGUACUAAGUGUCCCACAGAAUGCACCUGUGCAUGUACACGUCUCAGCAUGGUUAUCUAAUACCCUCGUCACAU